AUGCCAGAGCACUCGUCAGCGAGUAGAGUGCGACAGGCAUGGAUCUUUUGGCUGGUGCUUGGUUCCAGGCUACAUGUUUACAAUGCAGCGAGCUGCUCUCAGCAAGUACCCCUGGUGUGGAAGUUUGAAGAGGGCAAGCGCAUGGUCUACAUAGUUGGAGAGUACAACAUUCCGGCAGCCUCAUCACCUCUGCAGGGUGGACCACUUUCCGAGGCGCUGUCGUGCUCUGAUGUUGCUUACUUCCCGACUGGAUGCUCCUUGGCUGACACCAGCAACAUAACCGGUGUUGGGAACUAUAUGGCUCACUGCGCGUACUACCCCGUGAUACGUGAGAAGGAUACCAUUUCCGAGAGAGUUCCGCCAUCAACGCUGGCAGCUGUAAAGGAUCGUCUGGAUGCCCUCCCAGGCCAGACGAAGGAUUGCACAGAUACAGCAAGCGCGUUUGCCAAGUCUGUCCAGACACUUCCAAACGCAACCUUCCGAAAGACUUUGCUCAACGUCUUUCAUGAAGGACUGGAGUCCAUCAAUCCUCUGUGGUGCAAUAGUCAAGGCGCAGAAAACAUGGACACCUACUUGCGACGGAACUGGGGUGAUCGAAAGCCUAUCUUUGGUCUCGAGGACAUCAGCGUCGAAUGCCAGGCUUUUCAGGGGAACACCGUGCUGGACGACGAUGACCUUGCCAAGUGGAUGGCUGCACACAUGACGCCAGAGUGGGUAGCAAAGGUGUCGAAGCUCCAGGGCGACAUGGAAGAGGUGAUCAAAUGUGGCGACCUAACGAAGCUGAAAGAACUCAUGGUCGAACUGCAGGGUCUGCCACUGGCCAGCGAAAGACACUUGCAGUACAGGAACGACAAUUUGCACUUCGGCAUCCAGAAGGCAAUGGAAGCAAACCCUGGCAAGAACAUGGUCUUCGUGAUUCCGAUUACACACUUGGUCGAUGCGGCCGGCAAAAUUGGAAUCAUCACCCUGCUUGCGCAGAAGGACAGCAUCCAGGCAGUGAGGCAGACAACGCCAUCUGGAUGUCAGGCCUCCAGCUGGCAAGCGCCGGGAGCAGCAGCUUUGGAUCAUUGUCUAAAGCCGCCUGCACAGUCGCAGCCGCCUUCGUGCAUUCAGUUCGAGAAGCAGUUUGGCGACAUACUCGGCAAGGAUGUACUGCAUGGAAGGAAGGUGCAGCCUGGCCCACAUUGCACCGAAUGUGUGAACUCCAGCGAUUCUUGCAGCUGCGAGAUGCUGUGGUCCGGCUACGACAACUUCGUGAACUUGUGCGAAAGCACGCAAGUUGACGGCGUGCACGGACGUGUGUACUAUUUGGACAUGAUUCGAAAUCCUGGCUCCACCAGACACGGGACAGCUUUGGCAGAGAAAAUUGUUGGGGGAUUGUACCAGAACUGCUAUGCAAACAGUUGCGAAAUUCCGAUCAUCCAGCAAAUGGCUACGAGAAACUGGUACAAGAACGACCCAUCCCUGGAUCUGGGCUCCGUAACCGUCAGGAGGCUGGAUCAGCCCUUCGGCACAACGGGAGCUGCAGGACCAG